AUGAGGGCUCAAUCCUUGCUUAAUUUCGAAGAGGAGAAGGAGAAAUUCUCCCAGAGAAGAAUUAUAUCUCACAUUCUUCUCUUUCGAGAGGAAUUCCUUUACCACCCUUCCUCGUCACUCUCAGCGCGCGCAAUGUCCCUCAACAUCUAUAUCGAAGACCCCCGGCAAUGCUACGCGGAAAACGACAUCAUCAGGGGACGAGUCAUUUUCGACUGUCCUCGAGAUUUUCACGAGAUCAAGGAUGUCAGGCUAACCUUCUCGGGUUGCUCCAAAGCCAGGAUUCAGAAAGUCAAGGGCCCAGCGGCACCCACAGGCAGCUACCAAAGCAAAUGCAUCUUGUUCGAAAGGGAGAGAAUCCUUGUCCCGGCAGAGGAAUACAAAGUACCGCCUACAACCUAUGAAUGGCCAUUUGAAUUCCGUUUCCCCCCUCAUAUGGAAUCACAAAAUACAUGGCCUGAGGCGCGGCCAUUCCGUAGCGACGAGAACCAACCAUUACCCCCAUCAUUUGAUGCCGAGUGCCAUAAUUCACAACGAAGGAUAUCCGCAAGCAUCGAGUACCGGCUCAAAGUUCAGGUCUUCAAGCCGCAGCGGGGUUUGUUCGAGCGAAGGUCCCCUGCAUUUGAGAAAGUGCUGCAUCUUCCAUUCGUCCCAAUGGCGGCACGAGCGCACGCCCAUGCUAUCGAACUAGAGAAGAAGCAAAAAAUCGACCGCACAUUCACCGUGCGAAGUCUAUGCUUGUUGCCUGAAAAUACCGACCGGUUCCUGAGCGUGCAGGAGAGAUUCAAGUCCUGGCUAUCUCCCGCCCAGUUGCCCUACUUUUCUUUCGGUGUUGAUUUCUGGUACCCGUCUUACCUUGUUCAUGGCAUGCCGAUUCGACUGUUGUUGGAUGUGAAUCCAUUCAUUGACAACACUAACGCCCCCCGAAUCCCAGAGAUUGUCUUACAAACGAUCUCCAUUACACUUGUUGGCAGGAUCGCCGCUCGGGCGUCCCCUCCGCUGAUGGGAUCUAUGUCAGGCGAGGUAGACGAAGAGACCACGCUCCUCUCCAAAACCUCGUUACGGAUGGCUGUUAGCGGACAGAUGGACCUUUCCGAGCGAUUCGGCCAGUUAUCAUUGCCUGCCACUGAUAUCACUUUCAGCACAUUCAAUCUAAGCCGUUCGUGCCGGCUGAACAUCUCGCUGGUGUUCGAAUGCGCAGGAAAGUUGUUAAAAUUCGUUGCUACAGAUCUGGAGGUAGGAGUACUCUCGAAUGUUGAAAUGACGGCAGAAAAGGAGAUUUUAGCCAGGGGCUCAGCAGAUGAAGGCUCCAGUCAUGCUCGGGAAUAUGUGGCCUAUAGUCCGGACGAACAGCCCCCGUCCUAUUCGCCUUCAUCAAUUGUCUCCGAGUGGAAGCAAAGUCCAGCAUUUAGAGUUUGGUAG